AUGUCCAAACCCCCAACUAGACCCAACAGUGCCUACCCUUCACGUAGCGGCACUCCAUCCUUAAGAGACGUCGUCCAUGGAGUCAUGAAAAUCUUCCAUCAUGAGAAAGAAUCCGAAGCUCAUCAAAUAUUCCGUCAACAAGUUGGUCAUCAGCCCAAACCCGCCCUAGGCCUUCCUCAGACUAUCAACCCUGAUGAAGAAACCGUUCCUGGUAUCGAGCACCCUGGCAGCACCGGUGUUAUCUACUGUUCAGAUCGCGCUAUAGCGAACGGUUUCAACUAUGCUAAUUCUCACGAAUGGGCAAACUUGGGUCAGGAGAAUAUUCCCUUACCUGUGGAUUCUUUGGAGUAUGCACCCACAACGGGUGUCAAAGAACUUCGUGAAGCAGUAGCUCACCUCUACAACGAUACUUACCGUAAGGGCAAAGCAAGUCAGUACACAUACGAAAAUGUCUGUAUCGUGCCCGGUGGACGUGCGGGGCUUUCCCGUGUCGCAGCUGUCAUUGGUGACGUUUAUUGUUCAUACCAGGUUCCAGAUUAUACUGCCUACGACCAAGUCCUAAGUGCAUUUAAGCGACUCGUACCUGUUCCCACUGCGUGCCAUAAAUACCGCCUUGAUAUCGAACAGACCAAGAAAGACAUCCUUACUCAAGGCCUUGCUGUCGUCAUUGCCUCGAACCCAAGGAACCCGACGGGGCAAGUGAUUGCUGGCAAAGACCUCAAAGAGCUCGUUUCGCUCAGCCGGGAGAACACGACGAUCAUUCUUGAUGAGUUCUACUCCUGGUACAUUUACCCCGACAAUGAGAAAGAUAUCGGAAAGAGUAUCUCCUCUGCCGAAUAUGUCGAGGAUGUAAAUAGUGAUUCUGUAGUUAUCAUAGACGGGUUGACCAAGAACUGGCGUCUACCAGGUUGGCGUGUCUGCUGGGUCAUUGGGCCCAAGAACCUCAUCACCGCACUUUCACAAUCGGGUUCAUUCCUUGAUGGGGGUGCGAAUCAUCCCAUGCAACUUGCAGCCCUCCCACUCCUUGAGCCGUCACGUGUCAAGAUAGAGAAGGUUGCCCUUCAAAGACACUUCAAAGCCAAGCGGGACCACGUGCUGAAGCGCUUGCAUGCCCUUCAUUUGGACGUGGAAGUUCCUCCCCAAGCGACGUUUUACGUCUGGUUGAACUUGGAGAAAUUACCUCCUCCGCUUAACAAUGGUUUGACCUUCUUUGAAGAGCUCCUGAAAGAGCAAACGAUCGUUAUUCCGGGUAUCUUUUUCGAUAUCAACCCGGCACACCGUAGGAACUUGUUCAACAGCCCGUGUCAUCACUACGUGCGGUUGUCGUUUGGGCCGCCUAUGAAGGAUUUGGACAAGGGUCUCGACGCCAUCGGUCGGGUGGUUGCUGCUGCAAGACUGGGGGGCACCAAGAAGAUGGGACACAGCUAUAAGAAGAGCUUGGAGAGCAGUUCUGAAAUCAACGUCUAAAUCGUGAUAGACUUUCCCCCCCUCCCCAUGGUGGUCGUACGCUGGCUGGUAUUGGAAUCGUUAUAGAUGACUGAGAAUAGAAAUGGCAAAUGGUUUGGACAGUAUAUUAAUUUCGAAAGAUACCGGUUUGUUUGUAUCAUCCCCAGUAGGCUAGCUCUGUAUGUAGCGUCGACCAAUCAUUUACUGUUUAGACUUGUACAGAUGUAUAGGGAGGCAGGUCAGAAAACGAUAUGUACUAUGGGCUUUAUAGAGACGUGGGGGAAGGUGCCAUCAUGGGCAACACGUAGAUCCCUCAGUCAUAUUUGUGAGAACAAAACUGUCGAUCUGCCAUAGGCCGUCACUGUUGAGGAUAGGAUCCGCAACCAACAGACGGCCUUGGAAAGCACUUGUGCAGUGUGCACGCUGAGCAGGUCGUAGCUCAGCCGACUUGCUGGUCAG